AUGUCUAUUUGGCAACACUACCGAGCACUGCUGUACAAAAACUGGAUUCUCUGGAAGAGAAAACUGUGCGGGUCUAUGUGUGAAUGGCUCUUUCCGAUAGCCUUACUCCUAGUCUUAAUGCUGAUAAGAAGUGCUGUCGGCUAUACAGAUCAUGAUCAAGCCUCCUACCUCCAAAAAUCAGCAAUGACCGUCUCUUAUGACGGCAACAACUACUUUGGCCAAUAUUUCGACCCACCUGCCAAAAUCCCAGACAGCCCAAAAGGCCACAAGAACUACUAUAGAAGCUACUUUAAUAAGGACCAAAAAUGGAGAAUAGUUUUUGUCAAUGAGUAUAAAGAGCCCUAUUCAGAAACUAUCAUAAACAAGCUUGUAGAUAAAAUAAAAGCUGAAGGAAACGACACAGGAAGACCAUAUGUGGUUGAGCGCUAUGACUCUGAGGAUGACUUAGAAGACUAUAUAAAGGACAGCGACUAUGGAGAUAAUGGAAAAAUUUGUUUUGCAGUGGUCUUUUAUAGCAAAGACUCCAAAAAUAUUAAGUAUAGCUUUAGGUUCAAUACAACAGAAUCCUAUGGGUCAUCAGAUGGAAGAAAUAGGGGCGAAUGGAUAGAUAUUUUUAACUUCCGUGAUCACCAUAAUGUCGAUAAGCUUAUUAGAGAGCCAAUGCCUGAGUUUCAAUACCAGUAUAUUGGCACCAACUUCAUGCAUAUGAUGAACUAUAUAGAUAACAUUAUCCUUCAAGAUGUUUCCUCCAAUGAAAAUGCCUACUUCGCGGCAGGUUUUGUUCCUAUGUAUUAUGAUGACUGGACUGCAGAUGACUUCGUCCUGGCAAUUGCUGGCCUUCUUCCAUUCUUCCUAGUUAUUUCAUAUAUAGUUCCUGUAUGCAGAAUGCUAUCUUUGAUAGUCCAGGAAAAAGAAUACAAGAUCAAAGAAAUGAUGAUGAUUAUGGCUUAGGCUAUUAAAAUUUGACCUUAAUCUUAUUAUUGAGGCAGGACAAAAGAUAUACAGUACGGGAAGUCCUUCAGCUUAUAGAUGAAAGAUCUAUCAGUAACCUGUAUAUUUCAUUAACUCUUCCUUACAUUUCUGCUUUAGUCCGGUGUGGACUGCUUAAGGUUUUGCGGACGAUUUAAGUAGCUUAAGCCUAAGGAUUAACUUCUUGAGUCUAUCGAGUAACAAAGCGCCUUCCUUCUUCAACUACAGGAAAAAGACUGCUCUCCUAGGCUGUUCUUGAUUGUCAGAAUGCAAUCCUACCCAAUUCACCUUUGCAUAGGGUCUUAACUGCUGAAAAUUGACAGAUCCCGCCAUUUUUAGUGUAAUGAUUAUGGGACUUUCCAAUAAAGCCUACUGGCUUUCAUGGCUUACUUACUAUUUGUCAAUCUAUACAGUUAUUGCAGUUGUUGGCUCAUUUAUUUCAAUCAGUCUUUUUAAAUAUAGCGCUCCAGGAAUUAUGUUUUUAUUUUUCUGGCUUUAUGGACUAAGUUGUAUGACCUUCAGUAUCCUCAUCAGUAUGCUUUUUUCAAAGUCACGUAGUGCUGUAAUGCUUGGACUUAUGAUUUUUCUUAUAAGCUAUUUCAUGAGUUUUGCAGUAAGUGAUCCUUCUUUAGAUGAAAGCAGCAAGACUGCUGCAUCUUUGCUACCUAAUAUCGCUUUAACUCUAGGCUGUGAUGUUUUGGCGCAAUUGGAAAACGGCCAAGUUGGAGUUCAAAAUGAUAACACUGACUCAGUUGUAAAUAACUAUACAUUUGGGACCUGCAUUAUAUUUUUGGCGAUUGAUACUGGCAUUUUUACUAUUUUAGCGCUUUAUUUGGAUCAGGUUUGGCCUACAGAGUGGGGAGUCAAAAGACCUUGGUACUUUUUAUUCACAAAGUCAUUUUGGGUUACCAGCAGCAAAAAUGCUCAUGAGGAUUUAUUCAAUGACGAAGUCUCAUGGGGAGAUAACGUAGAAAAGGUAGAGGGGGACUUAGAAAAGCAAAAGGAAAACGGAAAAGCUUUACUUAUAAGAAACUUUAGAAAAGUUUUUGGCAAUAAAGUAGCAGUUGAGGAUAUAAGCUUAGAUAUAUAUAAUGGGCAGAUUUUUGCAUUAUUAGGGCAUAAUGGUGCUGGAAAAACUACAACAAUUUCAAUGAUGUGUGGACUUAUACCAACAACAUAUGGAGAUAUGAAAAUAAAUGGAAAUUACUUAUCUACAGAUCUUAAUAAAAUAAGAAGGUCUCUUGGAGUUUGCCCUCAGCACAAUGUCUUAUUCAAUGACUUAACACCUGAAGAGCACUUAUAUCUUUUCGCUAUUUUCAAAGGAAUGCAAGAUAAAGAGGAAAUCUACAAAAAAAUUAAAGAAAAAUUAUCAGAAGUAGACUUAACAGAUAAAAAAGAUAAAAGAACUAAGUUCUUGUCAGGGGGUAUGAAAAGAAAACUGUCAUUGGCAAUGGCUUUGAUCGGCGAUUCUCCUAUUGUGCUACUAGAUGAGCCUACAUCAGGUAUGGACUUAACUGCAAGAAGGCAAAUGUGGGAUAUGCUCAAAAACAACAAAAAUAAUAGGAUCAUUAUCCUGACAACCCACUAUAUGGAGGAAGCAGAUGUUUUAGCUGAUAGAGUUGCAAUCAUGUCACAUGGAAAACUAAGAUGCCUUGGCAGCUCUCUUUUCUUGAAAAAAAGAUAUGGAGUCGGCUAUUACUUAACUAUUGUCAAAGAAGUCGGAGUUGCAAGCAAAACUCAUACUCAAUCUGUUACAGAUUUUAUAAGAGCCUAUAUCCCUGAAGCAUCUAUAAUGAGCGACGUUCAUGCAGAAAUUUCUUUCCAAAUCCCUAACUCUAGCUCAAGUAAAUUUACUGAAUUUUUUACAGCUCUUGAUCAGCAACUAAAAAGUCUGCAAUUACGGUCUUAUGGUGUAUCUGUAACAACCCUUGAAGAAGUUUUUUUGAGAGUUGCAAGAGGAGAUGAUUCAGAAAUUGCUAAAAAUGAGCAGGAAAAGGAAAAAGAAAUUGAUGUUCAGCUUAGUGAUGAUUUUGUUUUAUCAAGAGAUAAACUAAAGGGCUCACUAUUUUUUAGUCAUUUUUGGACUUUGCUGAAGAAGAGAGUUUUCUGGUCUAAAAGAGAUAUAAAAAGCUUAGUCUAUGAGAUUUUUGUACCUAUUGUCUUAGUAAUUGUUGGACUUGGCUUAAUGAAAAUUCGUGAUGGCUUUCCUCCAAUUAACAAAAAAUUUUUGUCAGAAUCUUUAUAUUCAGAACCUCAAGAUACAGUUUAUUACUGGCCAGCUGGUGCCAAUGUUGGACCAUGGGCGCAAUAUCAAAGCUCUAAAACAGCAAAUAUUAAUGGCACAAUUGAAGGCUUUGAUAAAUUUUUAUUUGAUACCCGCACAGAUCCAAAUAAUUAUAGAAUGGGCUCAUAUUACUUAUCAAAUAUGGAUGCUACUAAUGAUCAGUACCAAGCUGUUGUUUUCCACAACCAAUCAGCUCCUCAAGCUACUGGAGUCUACUACAAUAAGCUCUCUAAUGAAAUAUUAUCAAAAUAUGGUGUAAAAGUGACAGUUUAUAAUUAUCCACUCCCUUACACUCAAAAAAUUGAAAAUCUAAGGGGAACAGGGGAUGGAUUUUUAGCUUCAAUAGUCUUUUCAUUAGGAUUUAGCUUCAUCCCAACAGGUAUUAUAGCUUUAAUUGUAAAAGAGCGAGAAACUAAUGUCAAACACCAGCACAUGAUAAGUGGGGUUUCAAGAUUUUCUUAUUGGUGCGCAAAUUUCUUUUGGGACUCUAUAAAGCAUAUCUUUCCAGCUGUUAUUUGUGCUGCAAUGGUCUUAGCUUUUGAUAUAAAAAGCUUUACUGAUCCAGAUGAUACCUAUGGAGCCGUUUGGGUGCUAAUGCUCUUAUAUGGAAUUUCCAUAGCGCCAUUCACUUAUUUUACUAGCUUUUUCUUCAAAAAUUAUCCAACUGCACAAGUUGCUACUAUUCUUUUCAAUGUAGUUGCAGGUGGAAUUCUCCCAGCAUUUAUCCUGGUCCUUUAUUUCUUUGAGUCCACAAGACCAAUUGGCAGAGGUCUCAGGUGGUUUUUCAGACUAAGCCCAGCUUUUUGUUUUGGAAAUGGACUAUUAGAUCUAGGAAGCAUAUCUAAUUAUUCCAUAUGGGACGAGAAAAGCGGCUUAUAUAAUGCAUUUGACAUGGGCUCAGCUGGGGCUGACAUUUUAAUGAUCGGGGUCACAAUUCCAUUAUAUUUAUUCUUUGUAUAUGUCCAAGAAUACUUAGAAACCCAUCAAAAAGUGUUGCAAAAGUUCUGGAAAACCCCUGUAGUUGCGCCUACAGAUUAUGAAGCUGAUGAUGACGUUGAAAAAGAAGCAGCAAACGCUUUAAAUAUGGAUCCAAAAGAUGUCCAGGUUAAUGUAAGAGGUGUUAGAAAGAUUUUUAGGCAAGGAAUGAGCAAAUUAUUUGUGGCGGUAGAAGAUGUGAGCUUUAAUGUAAGCCAGCAAGAGUGUUUUGCGUUUUUAGGGGUAAAUGGAGCUGGAAAAACUACAACUUUUAAGAUGCUGACUGGAGAAAUCGCACCUACAACUGGUGAUGCUUAUAUUUGUGGACAUAAUGUUAGUACUGAGCUAGAUAAGGCAAGAGAGCUGAUAGGGUAUUGCCCUCAAUUUGAUGCUAUAUCUGAACUGCUUACAGCAAGAGAGCAUUUGAGAUUAUACUCAGAUAUCAAAGGAAUUCCUAAAGAUAGGAGAGAAGAACUAGUUGAAGAAAUGCUUGAUCAAAUGGAUUUAAGGCAAUAUGCUGAUAUUUUGGCAGGAACCUAUUCAGGAGGAAAUAAAAGAAAACUUUCAGUUGCAAUGGCUCUUAUUGGAAAUCCGACAGUAGUGUUUUUAGAUGAGCCUUCUGCAGGAAUGGAUCCAGAAACUAGAAAAAAAAUGUGGAAAGUCAUUGGGAAUCUUAAACAAAAGAACUCCUCAGUCAUUUUGACAACUCAUUCAAUGGAAGAAGCUGAAGCUUUAAGUGAUCGUAUGGCUAUUAUGGUUGCUGGAAGGCUUAGAUGUCUUGGAACUGCUACCUGGAUUAAAAGCAAAUAUGGCGAUCGAUAUGAGUUCGAAGCAAAAGUUGAAAUUCCUAGCCAUUUUGAAGUAAAUGAUAGAGGAAUGGUUUUAGAUCGUAUCCUUAUGGGAGAAACAGUAAUCACAGAAAAUCAAAUUUUACCAUGUUUAGAAAUUCUCGACGCAAAGAAUUUCUAUGAGGAAAUUCAUGAAAGAGGUGCAGGCUCUGCUUUAUAUCAACAAUUAAAAGUAGAUGGAUGUAUUUCAAGAGAUUCUUUAGUGUCCUGGGUUAUUGUCGAAGAGCUGGGUGAUAAAAUUUAUGAAUGGCUUAAAAGUGAAUUUAAGAAAGUCGAAAUUAUUGAACAUUUCUCUUCACUUUAUAAAUUCAAAAUUGCUAAAGAAGAGGAAAAGUCAAUAGGAUACUUUUUCUCUAUAGUUGAAAUGAAUAAAGAAGCCCUUAAAAUAUCUGAAUAUGCGUUGUCUCAAAGCUCUUUAGAACAAAUCUUCAAUGAUUUCGCAAGAAAAGGAGAAGAAUCUCAAGCAGGAAUUGUUAGAAGAUAUACUCAUGGUAGCUAG